AUGUCAGUUAUGUAUCACCCAUUAGCAAGGACUAUCAAUCAGAGAGGGGAUUCUGGAUGCUUGACCCCAAACAACCAGAUAGAGGUUGAAGCAAACUCACCCACAAUUAGUAAGCAAGAGAACUUUUAUAAACCAAGCAGCAGCAAUACUACUACUUCAAGUACCAGUGGAGGUAGUACGAUUUUGAGUCCUCCAUUGUCGCCGUAUCAGAGGAAUAGCACCACUACCAAUGAUACCAUUGAGGAGAACGGUACCGCACAAGGUGGUGCAUUGACCAAGAACUACGUUUUGAGUUCGAGUCCAUUCAAGAUUGAAAACUACAAGAAGUACGAAUUGAAGGUAAAUGCAUGGAACGGGCUUGACUCUAAUUACAAGGCAAAACAAUUCAAGUUUCUUGAGCAGUAUUCAAUCAUUUCUGCAAGAGAAAAGUCACAGCCACAGCCUACUAGAAGAAUAGCGAGCCGCAAGAGGGAGUUUAAUUCAGAUAGUGAUUCUGAUUUUACCAACACAGAGAGAGUGCGGACAAGAAGAAUAGCUAAGGAAAGUUCUGUGAUUGGAAGUGGUGUUUCGGAUAUUGAGUCUUCGAGGGCUAAUUCACAAUCACCAUCACCAAGAAAGAAGAAGGCCAGAAAGGAAGCUUCGUAUACUGGUUCUCCAUUGGCAAUUCAACAAGCAUCAUUCAUAGACGAGAACAUCCCUGACUAUUCUCCGGAAGUUUCGACUUUACCUAAGGGUAAUAACAGAAGCUUGAAGGUCGAGUGGAAGGGACAGCCAAUGGACUUAAGAAACGAUCCUAACGCAGACAAAUUGCAUCCUGCAGAAGUUUUAUUGGCAUCGACAUUGAGGUUACCAUGCAAUGUGUAUCUUGAUUCGAAGAGAAGGUUAUUUUUCGAAAAGGUCAAUCGUAUGAAGAGUGGCAUGCAAUUCAGACGUACUGAUGCACAGAAGGCAUGUAGGAUUGAUGUCAACAAGGCCAGUAGACUAUUUGCAGCCUUCGAAAAGGUCGGUUGGUUAAACGACGUUCAUUUCACGAAAUAUUUGUAA